AUGGCGAAAUCGACACCAUUGUCUGAUUUGAAGGUGGCCAUGGCCCAGAAACUCAGCAUCUCCGAGGACACGAUUACGUUCGCCUACGAAGGUGAGGAGAUGGAUGAGAAGAAGACCAUCAAGGAAAACGGGAUCCCAGAGCCUGGGCCCGCUGCUAGGCGCGCCGGGGCCAGGGUGGAGCUUCUGUUCUUAAUUCGAGCUGGCGUCGAGAUAGGCGCCCAGCGAGCUCGCAGAGAGGCAGCAGAGGCGGCAGAGGAACAGGAGCGUCAGCGGCUGGAGGAGGAAGCUCAAAGAAGACAGGAAGAGGAACAGAGGCGGCUCAAAGUGGAAGAGGAACAGAAACUGGCAGCAAAAAGAAAGGCUGAUGCUGAGGCUGAGCUGCGUCGGCAGGAGGAGGCGCGCAGAAACAACCGAUGUGUCCUUCGCUGCACAGAGAUCGGAGGAGGUGGUGGCAAGGAGCUGAUUACCGCCAGCAACCUGACUGUGAUGGAGGUUGCGCGGCAGCUGUGCAGAGAGCUGAACAUGCUCCGCGAUGAAGAGCAUCAAGGCGGAAUUGUGCUUCUCCACAACGGUCAGCCGCUUCCAGGACGCCAGACCCUUCAUGAUGCAGGCAUCCAGAAUAAUGACGAGGUUUACUACUUCUGGGGCGAGGGCGGUGAGGCUGUAGCAGAACUCGGAUGA